CGUCCGGAUCCAUUCAUGUGCUGGUCACGGCAGCAAGGAGCGCAGGCCUACGUUCAUUUCUCUGGUGUCUGAGCCGCAGAGAGGAGCCCAACAUGCCCGGAAUUCUGCUGGGAGACGUUUUCCCCAACUUCGAAGCCGACACCACCAUCGGCAAGAUCAAGUUCCACGAUUUCCUGGGAGACUCGUGGGGUAUCCUGUUCUCCCACCCGAGGGACUUCACUCCUGUCUGCACCACUGAGCUGGCCUGUGCUGCUAAAAUCAGCAAUGAGUUCAAGAAACGGAGUGUGAAGAUGAUCGCUUUGUCCAUCGACAGCGUUGAGGAUCACAAAGGCUGGAGCAAGGAUGUGAUGGCAUUUAACAGUGAGGGUGAAAGUCCUCUGCCUUUCCCCAUCAUCGCUGACGACAAGAGAGAGCUGUCAGUCCAGCUGGGCAUGUUGGACCCCGAUGAGAAAGACAAGGAUGGGAUACCGCUCACGGCUCGCUGUGUGUUUGUGAUCGGUCCUGACAAGAAGCUGAAGCUGUCCAUCCUCUACCCCGCCACCACUGGAAGGAACUUUGACGAGCUGCUCAGAGUCAUCGACUCUCUGCAGCUGACAGCACAGAAGAAGGUCGCCACACCUGUUGAUUGGAAGCCUGGUGAUGAAGUCAUGGUCAUUCCCUCCCUGUCUGAUGCUGAAGCUGCUUCUCUCUUCCCCAGUGGUGUGACUACUAAAGACCUGCCCUCUGGGAAGAAGUACCUUCGCUACACUAAGGUCUGAAAACCUUCUGGAAUAGUGUCCUGCUACAGUUUACUGCUCUCUGACCAGGAGAUCUGCAGUCGAUAAUUUCCACUUAGGACUGACCAAAAUGAAUAGAUGCACUUAUUUGGUUCGGUGACCAGUGUUUGUAGUCCCACAGUGUUUCAAGCACUGAACCAGUCAUUUUUGUAGCGCAACUGUACAGUGCCUUGUUUCGCCAAAAUAAACACACUUUUCGCA